CAGCUUUUGGACUGGAGCAAGGGAUUAAGAAUCACCAGCAAAUUGAAAAGCACAAAGCUGCAAGAUGUCAGGCCGAAGUGGGAAGAAGAAAAUGUCCAAACUCUCACGCUCAAGCAGGGCAGGCGUUAUUUUCCCUGUGGGGAGAAUGAUGCGCUACUUAAAGAAAGGAACUUACAAGUACCGGAUAGGUGUUGGAGCACCAGUUUACAUGGCAGCCGUCAUAGAGUACUUAGCAGCUGAAAUUCUGGAAUUAGCGGGAAACGCAGCACGAGACAACAAGAAAGGAAGAAUUGCCCCCAGACACAUCCUCCUGGCAGUUGCAAAUGAUGAGGAACUGAAUCAGUUGCUAAAAGGUGUGACUAUUGCAAGUGGAGGUGUCCUGCCCAGAAUUCAGCCAGAGCUUCUAGCCAAGAAGCGGGGCACCAAAGGCAAAUCUGAGACCAUCCUUUCCCCUGCUCCUGAGAAGAAGGGAAGGAAAUCCAUGGUGAACAAAAAGAGUGGGAAGAAAGCAAAGUCUACCAAGGCCCGGACACCCAAAAAGAACAAACAAAAGGACAAUGAAAAAGAAGGAGCUUCAAAUUCAACAUCUGAAGACGGACCUGGAGAUGGUUUCACUAUCUUGUCCUCCAAGAGCCUUGUGCCAGGACAAAAGCUUUCUCUGACACAGAGUGACAUCAGCCAUAUUGGCUCCAUGAAAGUAGAAGGCAUUGUUCACCCUACAACUGCUGAAAUAGACCUCAAGGAGGAAAUAGGCAAGGCAUUGGAAAAGGCUGGAGGCAAAGAGUUUUUAGAAACAGUGAAAGAGCUUCGUAAAUCUCAAGGACCUUUGGAAGUUGCUGAAGCUGCACUUACUCAAUCUAGUGGCCUAGCAGCAAAGUUUGUCAUCCACUGUCACAUCCCACAGUGGGGCUCAGACAAGUGUGAAGAGCAGCUUGAAGAGACUGUAAAGAACUGCUUAACAGCCGCAGAAGACAAGAAGUUGAAGUCUGUGGCUUUCCCCCCGUUUCCCAGUGGCAGAAACUGCUUCCCAAAACAGAUGGCAGCCCAGGUGACUCUAAGAGCUAUUUCCACCCAUUUUGAUGGCACCAGCUCUUCCUCCUUGAAGAACAUUUACUUUCUGCUCUUCGACAGUGAAAGUAUUGGCAUCUAUGUGCAAGAAAUGGCCAAGCUAGACACCAAGUAGCAACGGCAGCCAAAUGAAACUUUAUUUUUCAAACAAACUUGAGUAGCAUUAAAAACAUUAGAGGUGGGUUUUAUUUUUUCAAUGUGAUGAGGAGGGGGGAGUGGUAGUAGUGUGAUGUGUUGUGACUUGAUGAAGAGCUGUGACUAGAGGUGAGAGGGGUUUAGUCCAAUUUCUUCAUGCUGUCAGCAUCCUCUAGCCAUUUGUAUCACUUUAAGCAAUUGAGUUACCAUCUCUUUUCAGGAGUUUGUUUAGUGUCCCUUGAUACUUUAGAAGUUCUUAAAGAGUAACCUCAUUUUAGAUUUGUAGUGAUGGGUUUUACACACAAACACAUGCACACACUUUAAAGAAAGCUCUUUAAACUGUUCUGCUCCCUUUUCCCCUCCCUUGAGGGCAGAUGGUAAACGUCUGCCUCCAGCCCCCAGAGAGGGGAAAAGGAAUUUGGAAGUGAUGCAUGAGGAGCUUCUGUUUUGCUUUUAGCUCACAAUAAUCUCUGUAUUUACUGAGGAUAUUUCAUGGUGAUUUUGUUUGUUUUAUAAGAAAAAAAGAAAAA